CGACGAACGGACGGGCGAUACUUGGACACAGGCUGAGUGCAUUAGCGGGGCGGAUUUCAGAGGGUUUUCGAUGUCGUCGCUUGGCGUUGAGUGGCGAAAGAGGAAAGCAAAGGCCUCCCGAUGAUCUCAGUCUCGUCGUCGCUUUAGCGAAAUGGGCCUGGGUCUGGAAUGGCAACUGAAACCACGAAGCAUGCGCGGGGUAUAUAGCCAAGGUCGAUCUUGUUCUUUGACCCCGAAAUCGUUCACACCGUCCACAUCAACGCGGAACCACCUCACUUUCACCACAACGCCGACGAGCAGGCUACGUAGACAGUGCGAUCAGCGUGAGCAGGCAUGGCCAUGGCGAGCAAGCAGCUCGGGAAGCUGAAGCAGUGGGCCGGCGAAGUCAUUUCGUCUCGGGACAAAGCAGUCGUGACGGAAGAGUUUAAGCAGUUGGAACAUGACAUUGAGCUACGCAGGCAGGGCCUUUGGAGACUACAUGUCGCGUCGGAGGACUACUACCAUUUUCUCAGCAAGAAGAAGGAGUGUGAGGCACUCGAUGAAUCUGACAAGCUUCUUGCGAUCGAUGCUCUCGGCAUCGUAAUGAUCAGACACGGGGAAGAGUUUGGCGAGGACUCUGCAUUUGGAACGUCCUUGGUAAGUAUGGGUCGUGCACACUGCAAGAUCGCCACUCUGCAAGAGACGUUUGCAAUGACAUUCGAAGACACGUACCUCACGUCCAUACUUCGUAUGGAGGACGAGAUCAAGGAAUACCAGGCUCAGAGGAAGAAACUUGAGAGUAGACGGCUAAGCUUGGAUGCUGCCAUUCAUAAGCUGGAGAAGCUGACACACAGCAAAAAGGACAAGGAGAAGGAACGGAAAGAAGCUGAGGACGAGCAUGCAAAUGCUCAAGCUCGCUACGAAAAGAUGGCCGAGGACGUGCGAGCUCGCAUGCACGCCAUCCAAGAGAAUGAGGUCGUACAGCUUCGCGCCCUCACUGAAUUUCUUGAUCUGCAGACCAAAUAUGUCGAGCAGUAUCUGAACGUGCUGAGAGAUGUCAAGGCUGGUUGGAUAGACGAGGCGACCGUUACGCGUCUGGAAACAACUCGACCGAGAGGACCUAUGCAUAUGUUCACGGAGCCGCCAGAGAUUUCGCGUUUAGGUUCUAUUCGCUCCACCAAGUCUAAAUCCUCAGCCAGGCGAUCCACGCACAGCGACUCAGGUGAAAGUUCUGACGACGAGGAGCGAGAGCAACUCGCUCCCAAGCGCUCACGAGGGCUCUCAUUGACACGGCACAAGUCCGGGGCGAGCACCAAACAGGCUUCACGCCCAUCAUCUCGUCCUCCGUCUCGCCCAUCGUCGCGCGCGUCUCGCAACCGUGCAGACAGCGCUGCAAGCGACAAGUCAGAAAAAGAAAAGUCGCGCAAUCGGAUGAGCGUGGCGGUAUGGGCAUCCAGCGCGGCCAAUGCCGUCAGCUCCGUGACGGGGCGAGGGAAGAAGGACAAGGAGAACUUCGCCGCGCUCAAGGAUGACUCUGACCGUAGUGAUGGCGAGACGCAGAGUGCUCACGACGGAGAGAACAGCCGUCCCUCGAGCGCGCUGUCGUUCCAACGGAAGAACAAGCACCACAAGAACAAGAGCGCCUCGUCAACGCCCGCGCCGUCGCCCAAAGUCCCAACGCGCACGCCUAAGUCGCUCUCACAGGGCAAGGACGGCCGCAAAGUCGUCGUGGCUACGCACGACUUCACUGGCACCUCGACCGACGAGCUGAGCUUCCGCGCCGGAGACCAGAUCGCGGUGGUGAACGAGGUGCUGGACGGGUGGUGGAUGGGCGAGCUGUACGGGAAGCGCGGACUGUUCCCCACUAAUUACACAGACUUCCUCUCAUCUACGCCGCCCAUCCCGCCGCGUCCGCCUGCGAUGAGCCGCAACGCGGGCGGGAGCGCACCGCCCGUGCUCACGCGUAUGCCCGACGACGAGAGCGAGCGAAGGUUGCUCGCAAACGACGACGCGGACAGACAGUACCUGAUGAGCAGCGAUGACGAGGAGCACCCCUUCGGCGAUCACAAUCUCGUGGAGAACCGGAGCCCGACGUAUGGGAGGUUCGGCUCGUUCAGCGGCCCAGACAGUCCACACGAAGAAGAGGAGGCUGCGCGGACGCGUGCCCAGAGAUUCCUUGCGGAUGUCGAUGAGAGGACGCAGCUCGCGAACCAGCCCGCCAUCACUCGCAGAGCGACAGACGCGUCGCCCGCGCGGAAGCCACCGCCACCUCCGCCGCGGCGUACCACGAACAACAUCCUUGCACACUUGAGCCCGCCUCUGGUACCGAGUAGGUCUGGGGUGGCGCACUCGCUGCAGUCUUCGUCGUCGAGCACGAACUCGUUUGUCGCUAUGGCUUCGACGCCGACCAUGCCCCAGCCGAACUUUGAGGAUACGCUGACGCAGUCUCCGUUUGAAUGA